AUGAAACUUCUAAUGCUGGUAGCUCUGCUAUCAAGUCUCACACUAGUACGCUCAAAAGCCGUCUUUGCACAUUUUAUGGUCGACAAUACAGCUUCAUACAGCACUGAUGACUGGGAAGACGAUAUCAACCAAGCUCAAAUUGCUCAUACCGAUGCCUUCGCGUUGAAUAUCGCUAAUAAUGAUUCAACGAUUGCUGCACGGCCACCAACACUCUUUUCGAUCGCUGGGAGCAAGGGCUUUAAACUGUUCUUCUCCUUUGAUUAUGCUGGUAAUGGAGCAACGGAAGCUGCAUACUAUUUUUACAAUGGGCAAGCCUUCGUAUCGACAUUUGAGGGUGUUGAUAACACGCAAGAUUGGCCAACAAUUAUCCAGGACACAGGUUAUUUCUUCAUUCCAUCUUGGUCGUCUUUGGGCGCCAAAGCAGCUAUGGCCACUGGAGUUCCGAAUGGUCUCUUCAGGGAGAUGACAUGUGGUUCGACAGGUGGACAUAAAUCUGGUCAUUAUAUUGGACCGAAUCGUGCUAAGGCCUGGUCCCUUUUCGAUUCAAGUUACGGAAAAGCUCAAUAUAAUUAUGCAGAUGAUUUUCCCCAUGAUGGAUGGAGGCAGUUUCUACCAUACGUGAUCGAAAUUUGUAAAACUGGUGCUGCAACAAUUACUGAAGAAGGUUUGUCGGUUUGUUUUCGACCACAGCCAGCUUCAGGCUGUGCUACAGGAGGAACUACAGGGAACACCGCAAGUCAAUUACAGAUUCAGUAUGGCCCAGCAGAGAUCGUCCAAGAUGAGAUCUUCUUUACAGCUCUUCUUGGAUCUACAGCGACAGUCAAAGUUACUGUAGGUGGUGUCGACCAAGCUGCUACAUGGACGAGAAUUCCAGAUGGCAAUGUCGGACUGUAUCAUGGCAAUGUCACGUACAAAGGUACAGGGCCUGUUAUUGUGACUGUUCUAAGAGAUGGUACCCGAGUUGCACAAGUCUCGGGAGGUUCCAUUUCUACAGUUUGCACAGACAGUAUUGAGAACUGGAAUGCCUGGGUUGGAUCUGACACAGGACCAUCGGUCUCGGCGGUAGCUCCAGCUUAUCGUUCAACAGCUCUACAUUGUGUUAGAGGAAUUGGUCCAGGGGAUUAUGCUGAGCUUUGUGCUCUCGCAUGCACGUAUGACUAUUGUCCAACAGUCUGCACCUGCAAGUAUAAUAAUUGUCCAAACGAAAAAUGUAUCUGUACGUCAGCAAGCUUCACCGAAAAUACAGCUCCAACAUAUUCAACCCUUACUGGCUACCCAGCAGACAAAGAUGGACAGGACUACGGCCUUUGUGAAUGGGCGUGUAAUCGAGGCUUUUGCCCAUUUCCUCCUUAUUCUAGUACUGCUCCUCUCGCAGAUAUUGGAGAAGAUGUAACUUCGUUUCCAAGUUAUACUGUCUCAAAGCUUACCGCGACAAGCAAAGCAAAUAGCGUGGCCCUGCUUGCCUACUGGACAACUUGUGAGUACCUUCCACAGUGCGCCCCUGGAUUUCGAGCGGUUGGAUAUGGCCAUGGCAAGGUUCAUGAUGCCGACAGGAAUGCUUAUACUGCCGAUGGUUGCACCGGUGGAUCCAAGGGAUUUAAUCGUGCAUUUUGUGUGGAAACUGAUGUUAGUCUUGGCCAAUGCAAUUGGCGAGGUACUGCUACAUCCUGUUCUCAGACAUGUAAGGCCGGAGAAUUUCUACUUACCCAAAAUACACACAUUGCAUUUGCAAAGGCUGGCUGUAAGGCGGGACAUUUCUCAAGUCUAUGCUGUGAGAAAAUUGAAGUUCCCAGCAAAGAUCUUGUAACUUGCCCCUACACGAACUUGAACAAUGUUAUCACUGGAGGGCAUGGCCCUGUUGUGCGGGCUAUAUCCAACUCAAAAGCGUAUCUAGGUGGCUCUCAAGUCACCGCCGGUGAAUGCAUUUAUAACCCUGUAGGAAAUGCUUUGUCAUUUAGAUUGAACCAAAUAGUUGCUAAUGGUGCAAUUUUGAACAACAUACCAGGUACAUGGGAGGCACACGUUGGGGGUGUUGCGGAUUUCAAACCUACUAAGAACAAGCCGCCACAAAGUCAAGCCAAAAACAUCGAUGAAUGUGAUACAUGGCUGGCAGACUAUCAUACUACUUCAUUGUCAGUAACUUCGACAGUCACUAUUAACUGCGACGAAGACAACUGGCCCCAAGCUUGUGCCCAUUACAAUUCAGUUGAAAGCGUUAUGACACUACCGGUAAUUACAUGUCCUUGGCAAAAUCAAGGAUCCAAGGACAGACCGGCACCUUCCCGUUGGAAUUCACAGCAUCACAGUGUGUGGUGGCCCUUUGUCGAUAGCUUCCGAGGUCCUCUUUCUUGCCAGAGAGACGAGUAUCCACCCCUUUACUUCAUGCCUACAGGACAUUUAAGCGAUUGGCGGCAAUCAAUCCGAUUAUUGCCUAGCCGUCAAAACAAUCUAGCGGGAAAGAAAUGGAGACUUCUCUGCCAAAGCGGAAGUAUUGCCGAUGGGACUUGUCAAUCGACAAUAACGACUUUACAAAAGGUUCGAGCUAUGAGUAUAGCAUUUGACACACGGUAUCUUCGACAAAAUGACGACAUGCUUAGUGUUAAUCCCUGUUCAAUAAAUGCAUUAUUGACCAGCGAUCGAGGCUUCGUACUCCUUGCAAAUGACCCUUGGUAUAGGCCUUGGAGAUCGGCCAAACCAGCAGACUAUUCCUCGAACAAAAUUCCGUCGACGUUACUAAACAAUUUAAAGAGAUCGGUUCAAAAACGCAACGAUAACGGGCUUAACCAUGAACAGAUAGAAGCACUUGCCAGAUAUGAAUAUCAUUUCGUAUCAAUUCCGUCGUCCCUAACGGAUCUUAAAUCAGAUUUUAUCACUGGUGAGAAACAUCGACUCCUUGAUCUCCUACUUGCUCUUGAUGUUGGUAAUACAACCCGCCGAGCUAAUGAUGAAGAUGUUUUCACAAUCUUGCAAAUUCUAGGCAACGAAUUCCUAGAGGACGAUUGCGAAUACGAUGAGUUUCACUGCAGCGGACCAACUAUGGUCGACCAGGUUCAGACUGCAACAUGGGAUCCCCCUGUAACAUCUUCAGUAGUGCUGGCUUCUUCGUCAUCUAUGACUUUGACAGGUGCAAUUAUGCCAGCUGCGACUGGUCCAAAGCCCGUUCUAACUGUUGCGACUUCGUCGGAAAAACCUAUACCCACGAAGAUCGCCGAGGGAAAUAAGAAGGGUCGAGGCGGAGAAGAUGGCGCUGUCCACAAGCACGCGCACUUCAAUCAUAGAUACUCGCAUCGACAUCAUCGCAAAAGUUUGUAA